UUCAUGCAUUUAGAAAAAUUAUACCUUGAAGGGGAUUCACAUAUCUGAGCUUGACACCCACGAGAAUAGCAUCCUUGUACCAUGUGAUCGGGGUCCCUAUCCCAUUUGGGGGAUGUGAUCAGACUCCCUAGCCUAUCGGGCACCCAACUAAAGAUCCUUGUAACUAUGACCGUGAUACCAGUAUACCUAUCUCAGCCCCAGAUCUUACCUUGUAGGAUCGUGGCUUCCCUCACCCUUACUAACCAUCACAUACCCCUUUCACAACGGAUUUGAAAUAAUCCAACAAAAGUAGUUUGGUGAUAUAUGAUAUAUCUUGAAUCUAGUAAUCUGUUCUCCCCUGGAAAAAAAAUAUUGUGCUUACUUCUCAUUUCUGUCUUGUAGUAUUAGCGUGUUUGGAGUUUCAGCACAAUCAAUGCAAUGCUCUUAUGAUUUAAGAGGGAACAGUGUUCCAACAAUUCUCUUGCUAAUGCAGGAGAGGUUAUACACGCAAAAAGGCUUAAAGGCAGAAGGUAUCUUCCGCAUAAACCCUGAAAACAGCAAAGAGGAACAUGUUCGGGAUCAGCUGAACAGAGGAAUUGUACCAGAAGACAUUGAUGUUCACUGUUUGGCUGGUUUGAUUAAAGCCUGGUUCCGUGAACUACCUUCUGGUGUGCUAGAUGGACUUUCCCCAGAGGAGGUGUUACAGUGUAAUACUGAAGAUAAAUCCGUUGAGCUUGUGAAACAGCUACAACCAACCGAGACAGCGCUACUCAACUGGGCAAUUGAUCUCAUGGCUGAUGUUGUUGAGCAGGAGGAUUCCAACAAAAUGAAUGCUAGGAACAUUGCCAUGGUUUUUGCCCCAAAUAUGACACAGAUGUCCGAUCCAUUGACAGCUCUGAUGCAUGCUGUGCAAGUCAUGAAUUUGCUCAAGACUCUGAUACUGAAAGCAUUACGGGAGCGUGAGGAGACUACAAUCGCAGGAUAUUCACCAAUGUCAUAUUGUUCUUUUGAUAGGCACACUGAUGAGGAGGUUGACAGUCAACAUGAGAUGAAUACCAGCUUUGAAUGGAGAGGACCACAAACAGAUCAUAAUGCACACAAAGAUUAUGGGGCUGUUUGUAUUGAAGAAGCAGAAGCUGCUUCUGGCUUCUGCUUUUCCUGACCUGUUUGUGUAAAGAAGUAGAAGCACUUUUAAGAAGCUGAAAAUGCUAACUUCUCUCUCAGAGCUUCUGCUUCUUUUCCAAACACUUUAUUAACUUAUUUACUUCUCACUUCGGAUCCACUUCUUUACUUUAAGCAGAGAAUCACUUUUUUUAAGCUUGCCCAAACGGCCCCUAUAAUGCCAGCAGUGAAAGCGAAAGUGAAGUUGGGUCAUUUGGUGAGAUAGAAGAAAGCUCCUUGAAGCCAAUGAUUAACAUUGAAAACACAAAGAACAGUGUCAGGACAUUCAAGGGGCACUUGAAAAUAUCAAGCCCUGAGAUUGGUUCAACCUUCAGUACAGCAUCUGGUGCUUCGAUAUUUGAUAGACGAAUUAUUAGGAGUUCUGGUCUAAGCAUCAGCGAUGAAGAAGAUUCGGGUUUGAGUUCAACAGAAGCAGAACCUUCCAAACUACAAAUUUGCCAGUGAUGUUGACAUGGUAGAUAAGUCAGUCGAUUCAGGAUAUCCAACGCUUGUUUAUGCUUCAAACUAUGCACUAGUCUGCAACGCAUGAAUAUCUCAUCAUCUUGUCCUGUAAAUUUUUCAUUAAGUUAUCCAAUUAGGUCGAUCAUAAGUCAUAACUACUCUGCUUUGUUUAGUUUAACCUUCUGUUCAGCUCAGGGCUGAAGUUUCCUGUUGGCUAUGUUGCCAGAUGCAGGUAGCAGAAUAAUAAUGUCGAGUUAUGGUAAAAAACUGAAAACCCGAAACAAGAAUAUGUCGAAUUUGAUGCAGAACAAUCUGACCGACCCUUUAAAAAUUGAAACGCUGUCCAGAAAGUGUGAAUGUGACUGCCAUUAUACUUUCUACUUUCAUUUCUUUUGUCAAUGUCCUGUACUAAAUAAGUUCAAACGCAAUCAAAUUGAAUGUGACUUGGUUGGUUUAGUUUAGUAUCAAAGUCUAAAGUUAUGCUUUUAUAUAUUGAAAAGCCAGGAUUCUUUACAA